AUGCUUCAGUUCAGUUUUCAUUUUCAGCGGUGUCGGGUCGAAAUAAAAAGAGAUCGAAAUAAACAUUGAAAUUGAAUAUUAAAAAUUAAAUUGUGUCGAUUUAUUUAUUGAAAAAAAGGAAACAAUAUUCUACAACACGUAUAUCUUCAGAGGUAUCAGCGCAGGUGUCAUCCCGGCUAGAAGCUCAGCUACUGGCACAAGAGACACGUAUAUCAUCCCAGCUGGAAGCACAGGAUGCAAAAAUUACACAAAUACAGGACAAAAUCGAAGAGAGACAGGAGAAAGUCGAGACAAAGGUAGAGGAGUUGGAAGGUCGUCUUCGUGAUUUACAGUUGAAUCGUCCAGCUACUUCGACGAGCGCACCCAAGGUAAAAACCCCAUCCUUUGACGGCACGAUUCCUUUCCAGGUCUUUAAGCUCCGGUUCGAAAAAACGGCUGCAGCAAAUCAUUGGAGCAUGGAGGAUAAAUCCGCUGCACUAUUCGUUGCAUUGAAAGGACCUGCGGCAGAAAUCUUGCAGACUAUUCCCGACUGUGAAAGGAACAGUUACGAUGCGUUAAUGGGUGCAGUGGAAAGACGUUAUGGUAGCGAGCACAGGAGACAGAUUUACCAGAUGGAGCUGGAGAAUCGCUGCCAAAAAGCCAACGAGACUCUACAAGAAUUCGCUUCGGAGAUCGAGAGGCUGGCUCACUUGGCUAUUGGAGACGCAUCUGGUGAACACCUUGAAAGGGUAAAGAUCCAGAGGUUCAUCAACGGAAUGCGAGACAUGUAUACCAAGCGCGAGACGUAUGUAAAUCCAAAGCCAACAUUUGCUGAAACGGUCUCGUAUGCUCAGACACGUGAAACGGCGGCGCUCCUAAGUAGACCAGCCUACAAAGCCCAUCGAGUAGAAGUGGAGACACCUGACGUGAUGAACGAGAUCCUGAAAACACUCAAGUCGAUGGCAGAGAUGUGA